GUGCAGACGACGCGUCGUAUGUUUAAGCACCUACGUAUAGCAAUCUCCCACCACCAAGCAGCACUGCUAUCAAAAUGCCUAGAGAGAUAAUUACUAUUCAGGCAGGCCAGUGCGGCAACAGCAUCGGCAGCCAGUUCUGGCAGCAACUCUGCCAGGAGCACGGUAUCAGCCAAGAUGGGAACCUAGAGGAUUUUGCUACCGAGGGCGGUGAUCGGAAGGAUGUCUUCUACUAUCAGAGCGAUGACACACGGUACAUCCCCAGGGCGAUCCUCAUCGACCUCGAACCACGGGUGAUUCAUGGGAUCCAAACGGGUCCAUACAGAAAUAUCUAUAAUCCCGAGAAUUUCUACGUUGGGAAAAACGGCGUCGGUGCUGGAAACAACUGGGGCGAUGGAUACCAGACGGGAGAGUCGGUGCAUGAGGAGAUCAUGGAGAUGAUCGACCGGGAAGCGGACGGUAGUGACUCGCUUGAGGGCUUCAUGAUGCUGCACUCCAUCGCUGGAGGCACAGGGUCCGGCUUGGGAUCCUUUCUUCUAGAACGGUUAAACGACCACUUCCCCAAAAAAAUCAUACACACAUACUCGGUCUUUCCGGACACGACCAACUCAGGGGACGUCGUUGUGCAUCCAUACAACAGCAUGCUGACGAUGAGGAGGCUAACGCAAAACGCGGACUCGGUCGUUGUGCUUGACAACGGCGCCCUCUCCCGCAUCGCCGCGGACAGGCUCCAUAUGCAGGAGCCGUCAUUCCAGCAGACAAACCAGCUAGUGUCGACGGUCAUGUCGGCGAGUACCACCACGCUCCGGUACCCCGGCUACAUGCACAACGACCUCGUCAGCAUCCUCGCCUCGCUGAUCCCCACCCCGCGCUGCCACUUCCUCAUGACCGCGUACACGCCAUUCACCGGCGACCAGGUCGAGCAGGCCAAGACGGUGCGCAAGACUACGGUCUUGGACGUCAUGCGGCGGCUGCUGCAGCCAAAGAACCGCAUGGUGUCCACGGUGCCGGGAAAGAAGAGCUGCUACAUUUCCAUCCUAAACGUCAUCCAGGGCGAGGUCGACCCGACGGACGUGCAUAAGAGCCUGCUGCGCAUCCGGGAGCGCCGUCUAGCGACCUUUAUCCCCUGGGGCCCCGCGAGCAUCCAGGUGGCGCUGACCAAGAGAAGCCCCUAUAUCCCCAUGGCCCACCGCGUCAGCGGCCUGAUGUUGGCCAACCAUACCAGCAUUGCCACUCUCUUUAAGAGAAUUUACAGGCAAUACGAGGGCAUGCGGAAGAGAAAUGCCUUUUUGGAAGGGUACAAAAAGACAGCGCCGUUCGCGGAUAAUCUCAGCGAGUUCGACGAGGCCAAGGAGGUGGUUGCUGAUCUCAUUGCCGAGUACGAGGCUGCCGAGGACGCGAACUACCUGAACCCUGACCUGGGCGACCAGCCAGCUUCGGCUGACGAUGACAAGAGGAUGGGAUGAUGAAUGCUUACUUUGCGCACCUAGGGUGUCCAGGCGCCUUGGGGUGCUGCAAAGGGAUUUGGCUUGUAGAUUAUUCGGCGUUACAGACAUCGUUUUGGUAGACUGAUAACCGUGGCGUUCUGGAGCACGAGGUUUGGGAUGGACCGGACAGGACUGGAUCGUCUUCAUAGCUAUUGAUAUCUGGAUGGAAGCAUUUCAUUAUACCCGCGUAAUCCUGUUGUCUCUGCGUGCGGACUGCAGUAUGUCCAUGC